AUGCCUUCCAAAUCCUCCAGCAAGAAGCCUACCAGCUCCAGCUGCGGCUGCCGCUGCUUCUCCAUCCGUAACCUGAGCCUCCUGGCCAUCUUCCUGGCCCUGUUCACUGCCGUCUACAGCUACCUCGACGCGCGCCUGGAGCAGUUCUACAUCUUCGACCCGGAGCACCUGCACGAUCUGUCGCAGCGCGCCAUUAAGACCCAUGGCGAGGACACCCGCUCCAUCGUCAACUUCAUUGUUUCCGAGCUGGAGGAGAAGGUUGGACCCAAGUACCUGAGCACCGAGGAGGAGUGGGUUUUCAACAAUGCCGGUGGUGCCAUGGGCGCGAUGUACAUCAUCCAUGCCAGUAUCACUGAGUACCUGAUCAUCUUCGGUACCUCCAUUGGUACCGAGGGUCACACUGGGCGCCACACCGCUGACGACUACUUCAACAUUCUGUCUGGAACCCAAUUGGCCUACGUCCCCGGCGCCUUCGAGGCCGAGACCUACCCUGCCGGUACCGUUCACCACCUGCAGCGCGGCCAGGUCAAGCAGUAUAAGAUGGACUCGUCCUGCUUCGCGCUCGAGUACGCUCGUGGCUGGAUCCCUCCUAUGCUCUUCUUCGGCUACGCCGAUACCUUCACCAGCACCCUGGACUUCCCUACCCUGUGGGCGACGACUCGCAUCACUGGCCGUGAGAUGAUCUCCAACCUGCUGCGCCUGAAGCUGUAA